UUUUUUUUGCCGUCGUUUACAUCUCCUCCUCCUUCAGCCGCAGGGCUCUUUCUCUACUUUUGCACUCGUGGAGACCUGACGUGGAGCCAUGUCCAGCAUGUCUCCGCUGGCCCUCAGAUGAUCUCUGACCACGCCCUACUGAUGCACUUUAGCACCUUUCUGGAGCCUUCAACUCGCUGCGUAUUCUGCAGCUGAUGACCAAAAAGACCGCCCCGUCUCCCCCCCGUCGCCCAGAGCUACGCGCCUCCCUCACCUCCUCCCUCAGCCUCACGCGCCUUCCGGACCCCCUGAGAUGUUCCACCGGUUCGCUAGCACCCUGUUUGGAGACGGUGGAGACGAGCUGAGUGGACGCGGCCGGCCGGGAGACGCCACAGAGGAAGAGGAGGAGGACGAAGACUGGAUACUAGUCGACUACCUGGCUGACGCUUGCUCCGGCCAUCGUGGCGACGGCCUCUCUGCCUCCGCUGUCAGCCCACAUGAAGACGAGGAGGAAGAGGACCUGGUAAUGGUCCCUUCUCCGAUGGCCAGCCCCGCCGUCCGCUACCCCUCCUGCACCUCCCUCAACUCCACGGCCGACACCGACCUGGACGGCGGCGCCGAGGAUGACGAAGACGAGGAGGAGGAGGAGGAGGAGGAGGGAGGAUUCCUGCGUCUGGACGCCUGCUCUCUGGAGGAGAGCUGGUUCGUCACCCCCCCGCCCUGCUUCACCGGCCAUGGCGGGCAGCCGGUGCUCCUGGAGACCAGCCCGCUGGAGAACCUCCUGAUCGAGCACCCCAGCAUGUCCGUCUACGCCCACCGCAGCCCGCCGCGGCUCGCCAUCGACCGGGAAACGGACUUCCGGUCUGGCAACGCGUCUGCAAGCCAAACGGCUGCAGGUGGGAAAGAGAAGGCCAGACCCACGCUGGAAGGACCUCGUCACAGACCAGAGGUGGCCGUCGUGCAGCGCCGCUCCAGCCUGCACUCCACCUGCUACGCCGCGGCGCUCUCCGCCCACCCGGGACUCCUGCAGCCGCGGCCGGGUAACGCCGCCCAGCGCACCCAGCUGCUGUCCCGUAAGGCCCUGCGGCGCCUCAACCUGCUGCGCCCCGCCAAGGCCGGCACCCUCCACCUGCACCUGCACCAGCCCAGCCAGAGGCACCUCAACUUCUGAGGAGCCCGCGCUCCCCUCCGUCAUUGUUGAUCUCAGUUUUUUAACACCGGCCAAUCCCAAACUCCCACUUCCUUUUCUGUCUUAUUACUAAGAAACAAACACCAGCAAGCAGCCGGUGAAAUCACCGGUCCCGGGUCAGCCUUCUGAUCCGUUACGUAACAUUACUGGAUCUGACUUUUUUUUUAUUCUAUUUGGUCCCGUGGCCAGUAAACACCUCCCGUUCUCACCAUCUCCCCCCCCCCAGCAAACGGUCCCCUUUCUGACUACUUUAUACGUAAUCACCGAGAGAAACGGGGGUCAAAGUGACUCCCUCUUCUUCUCGCUUUCUUUUGUUCUAUGCCGGCGACUUAAUGUGUAGAAGCAACGCUGUAGGUCACUUUAUUCAGAGGCAGGUUCCCAGCGUGGCAGGACGGUCCGGUGGUGUCACUUCAGGGACUCGCAGGGUGAGGCUCGGUUGCCUGAAAACCUUCUGGGCAACUUGGUCGAGGCAGCAGGAGACGUUGCAGAUCCUAAAUCACUUGAACGCGUACGAUGCAGCAGCACCGUGCUCCAGCUCAACCCGCGCAGUACCGUUAGGAUGAGUUCAGACAGUUUGGGUACAGGAAAACUAAUCCUCGACGGAGCAUUUCCACUCGUUUUUAUUCAACACUAUUAUCAGAAGUAACAUUUUUUUUUUCUUCAGCUGUUCUUUUACAACGAGGCGAGAUGUAUUUAAUCGCUGGAGUAUUGGCGUAAAACAAUUUGAGCUCCUGUUUGAAAUUCUCUUGAAGUGCAAUACUAAAUUACCGGGUUUUUAAACAUUUACCACUAUGUCGUGUUUUUUCCCGUGUGAAGAGAUGCAUCAAUCUGACUUUUGUGACCGAUUUCCGGAUUUUGUCAAAUAUUGACUUGCUGAUAACGAUUUUCUCUCAAAAGAACUAUGAGAUUUUCUUCUAAUUAAUAUCGAGAGCAGAGGCGAUGUCUGAGAGAGCAGCCCCUUAAAAAAAAAAAAGACUUCAGGAUGUUAAAACAAAGACAAAAUGAUGGAGUUUACGUUUACGACUCUUUGAUAUUUUAUAAUAAGCAUUGUUAGUUGAAACGGCAGUCUCCGUGUGCGUUCCCUAGAAAACGAUACUCAGAGGUUUUCAGCAUUCAUGAAUCCGGCGUGUAAAGCACGCAUCCAUGCAGAGACUAUCAGUCAAACGGUUAACGCACAGACACUUUGCUGCGACGCAUUCAGCCUUCCCGGUAUCUUCCUCAACUCUUGUUCUCUCUCACAGCGGGAAUGAACCAGGGGGUUUCCUCUGUGUGUCUCGACGCAUCUCCACAUGACUCCAGCAAUUCGCAGAAAAUCCGGUUUCCCUUAAGAUGGCGUUUCUGUGCUUCUUCCUCUCGCAUCGUUUUCGACCCGCUCACUCAAACUGAAAGAGACCGCCUGGUUCUUCUCUCAGUAACAGCGUCCUCUCUGAAGGGUGUGGAUGCCCCCCCUGCCUUUGGCACACUCGCUGAUCGAGUUUCUGAGCGGUCAGCGGCGGUCAAGAUGAGAAUCAGCUGAUUUCUCUGUGUAUUUUUAAUAUUUUCUUUUCUUGCUGGAUUAGAAACGAAAAAAAAAUAAAGAAUUUGAACAGGACUUUUACUGUAUACUCUGCAUUUAAUAAACCUAAAGUAAAUCCAGACAUUAGGAUGUUAAAUUUACAGGUUGUCCCGUGAAACUGUGGACAGUUGUAACUGAAAACUGAGAAACAAAACAGAGAGUUCAAACAAAGUUAGCCUGUACUGUAGCCUCUUUCCUUUUCACUCUGUUAGAGAUUAUCACAUUUUCACUCACUUGAUCUCAGGUUUCCUCUCUGUUCCACAUUCUGAAGACACUCUAGUUGCAAUGCAAGCAUCUGAUUUAUCUGUGCGACAGCCUUUUUAGAAGAAUUUGCUGCAGUUAGAAACCUUCAGCACCACUAAUCUCGCUCAGUUCAGGGCUUCCUGCUGUGCCAACCGAACCUGCUUCUGACUUUAAAUUCUGUACUUUUCACCGUAUUUUUUUGAAAGAAAAAAAAAAACAGUUAAAAUGACUGUGUUGAAUAUCACUAAAUGCCUUGUUUUAAUGGUAGCUUUGAGUGGAAUAGAAAUGUAAAAGAAAAAAAAACAUGUAUGGAAAAAAAACCUUCCAAAUUAGUUGUUUUUAAAAGAGAAAAAAAAAUUACAUAUCAGUAUGAAGUUGUACGCAUCUAUGGAUUCUUGCUUUGGUAUGUUUGGUUACGAGUGUGCUGUCUGUUGCAUGGUUGUAAUGUUUGUAAAAUGACGUUGGAAAAAGGAGAAAAUAAUGGAAAAGGACUUGUUUUUCUUCACGUUUGUUCCGAAAUAAAUCUGCAGUCCACUUCUCAGGGUCACAACCAAUCACAUUUUACACUUUAGGAAAAUGCAGAUUUAUUUGACGACUGGUGAUUCUUUUAACAAAUAAUUGCCUGUUAGGUUAGUGUCUCGAAGGCUUCAUUCAGUCCUGGGUUUGUGAAAACAAACCGUCGCCUGUUUUUUGGGAAUCAAUCAAGACACAGAGAUGCAAAUGUGUUUUUUUUUUGUUUUUGUUUUCCAGGCUUGGUUUUAGAAAUGUACUUAAUGUUUGUUUAGCCGUUCUAAUUUCUAAGCUACAAUAGUUACAUUUUGUUCAGCUGAUAUUUAAACCAAAAAGAAGUAGCGGCAAUCUGUAAUCUUUCACUACUGUUUAUACUUAUGUUCUUUCUUUCUUUUUUUUUUUUUUUACGUUUAUUGAAAUGUUUGUGAAGCGCUCUUGGCUGAAACAGCAGACGGUUUUAUGGUUUGAUGUGUUGCUGUAAGGAAAGUUAAGACCAGACUGAGCUCCCGCACUGCAGAAAGAAACAUUUAUUAUUCAAAGUGACGUAUGGAAGGCUAUUAUUGCCAAACCAUGUGAGUUAAAGUCGUUUUGUUAUUCCCAUAACUAAGUUAAAAAGAAAGAAAUUGUCAGAUUCUCCAUGUUUCAAGUUUAAUAAAAAUGUAUUUUCUUCUUAUUCGUUUAAAUUGGCAGCAUCUUUUGCCUUUGCGGCUUAUCAUUUUUAAAAAAAACUUUUUUGUGUGUUUUUUUUUGCAUCUUCUGGGUGCAAAUAAAUGGCUCUAACGUAACAAUUUUAAAAAUCGUAUGUAAAAUGUUUAAUUCGGGUAAAUGAAUAAACCUUUUGCAGUGUGGCGAAGGAUCGAUGGUUGUGAUUAUAGAGUCGUAGCAACGUUUGUUCAGUGUCUGUGUGGUUGGGUGUAAAUAUUACAGCUUUGUCUUUAACCUACCUUUACUUGUCUUUUAGAGCUGCGCUGUCUAACUCUUAACUUCUCAACACGUUGGGUUCGCUCUUAGUGUUAUGUUGUAUUGCUGCGAUACUUUUGAAGAAGACAAAGUUAAAGAAAGAAGGGACGUGAGUCAAUGUUAAAGGCUCCACCUGCUGACAGAAGCCUGAAGUGUUUUAUGUGUGUUUUUAUCUUUAUUUCAUCUUUAACUACCAAACUAACAGGGAUUUCUAGUAUUUUUGUUCAAUGCCUUGAAAAUUUGUGGAUCACGUGCCUUCCAGGUUGAAAUGUCGUAACGACAAUGCAUCGAUGAAGAACUUGAACUCUUUUCUUUUUUUUUUUUAUUGUUCUGAUUGGACGUAAUGGAUAAAAACACACCAACAGACAUCAGAAACGAACUAUGCACCACUCUGAAGAAGCUUCGGCUCUCGCUGCCUCCAUCCGCCCCCCCCUCAGUACAACGUCUCCCCAUGACUCAACAAACCAGACAGAAUGAUAAUGUAGCAAAACAGUUUUUUUUCUCUCUUCUGUUAUUUUAAGUGUGCAAAAUAUCUUGUGGCAUUUUUUUUAUGUUUCGCCAAGUGUUAGACAUGUUUGUUUUUUGUGUAGUUUACUGGAAUAAUACAGCACUUUGCCAAAAAGAAAAAAAAAAUGUGUAGGAAUUUUAGGAAGUGGCGUUUUAUUUAUCGAUAUAACUGUAAUCCUUCUUUGUAUGUGUAACAGAUCAAUUUGCUUCAUUCUGAUGUCAGAAACAUAAAACAACAUUGCUGAUAAUAAUAAUAAUAAAAAAAGUGGGGUCAUCUGUUUUUGAACUGUGAUCGUUAAUACACGUGAUCUCUUAUUAGCCGACAAUAAAUGUUUUCAUACACAA